GCCACUUAAAGCAGAGCUGGAGCUGACAGGCAGGCGGAACGAGCGAGCUGGGUCCCCGAGAGCGGUCGCCGCUCUCUCUCUGGCGCCCAGGUCCGCGGCUAUGGUCCGCGCGCCGCUCGCCGCCUCGGCCGCCCACGACCCCUAGACGCCGGCACUCGCUCUCGGCUCGGACCGCUGGCGCAGAGCCGGCCCUCCACGCCGCGCCCGGGCUGCCGUUCUAAGGGCAGCUUUGCCAGAGGAUUUAUAGAUACUGAGGUGCAGUUGGAGCUAAUCCACAUCAUGGAAGUGGACACCACUGAACCUGAGCCAGACUGUGUAGUACAGCCUCCUUCUCCUCCUGAUGACUUUUCAUGCCAAAUGAGAAUUUCUGAGAAGAUCAGUCCAUUGAAAACUUGUUUUAAGAAAAAACAGGAACAGAAAAGAUUGGGAACUGGAACCCUGAGAUCCUUGAGGCCAAUAUUAAAUACUUUGCUAGAAUCUGGCUCACUUGAUGGAGUUUUUAGAGCUAGAGACCAAAAUGGAGAUGAGAGCAGCUUACACGAACAUAUAGUGAAAAAACCGCUGGAAAUCAACCCAUCGUGUCCUCCAGCAGAAAACAGUAUGCCUGUCCUGAUUCCUGAUGGGACAAAUGUUGAGAGCCAAUUGCCGGAAGGGCAUCCUUCUACGGAUGCUCCAGAGCAGGUGGUUCCAAUCCAGGAUCACAGUUUUCCACCGGAAACCAUCAGUGGGACAGUGGCAGAUUCUACAACAGGACACUUCCAAACUGACCUUUUGCAUCCUGUUUCAGGUGAUGUUCCUACAAGUCCUGACUGCAUAGAUAAAGUUGUGGAUUAUGUCCCAGGAGCUUUCCAAGACAAUAGUUUCACAAUCCAGUACAUUUUGGAUACCAGUGAUAAGCUGAGUACUGAGCUCUUCCAAGACAAGAGUGAGGAAGCUUCCCUUGACCUUGUGUUUGAACUUGUAAACCAGCUACAGUACCAUACUCACCAAGAGAAUGGAAUUGAAAUUUGUAUGGACUUUCUGCAAGGCACUUGCAUUUAUGGCAGGGAUUGUUUGAAACAUCACACUGUAUUGCCCUAUCAUUGGCAGAUCAAAAGGACAACCACUCAGAAGUGGCAGAGUGUUUCCAAUGAUUCUCAGGAGCAUUUGGAAAGAUUUUAUUGUAAUCCAGAAAAUGAUAGAAUGAGAAUGAAGUAUGGAGGACAAGACUUUUGGGCAGAUUUGAAUGCCAUGACUGUAUUUGAAACAACUGAAUUUGACCAACUCCGAAGGCUGUCUACACCACCCUGUAGUAGUUCAAACUCUAUUUACCACACAUUUUGGAAAUUCUUCUGUAGAGACCACUUUGGAUGGAGAGAGUAUCCUGAGUCUGUUGUUCGACUAAUUGAAGAAGCCAACUCUCGGGGUCUGAAAGAAGUUAGAUUUAUGAUGUGGAACAACCAUUACAUCCUCCACAACUCGUUCUUCCGGAGAGAAAUAAAACGGAGACCUCUUUUCCGUUCCUGUUUCAUACUGAUUCCAUAUUUACAAAUCCAGAUUAAGCAAUAUAUCUGUAAGACAGACAUGAAAGUGGAACAGGGAGUCUAGGAGGAGGACGAGGGACAGUAAACAGAAACGGAAUGAACAAAGUACAAAGGUAUACAUGUGAAUUAUUUACUUUUCUCAUUGCUUUAACAAAAUACCUGACAAAAGCAAAACUUAAGGAAGAAGCAGUCUGUUGUGGCUCUUGGUUUAAGGUACAGUUGAUCGUGGCAGGGAAGCUGUGAUAGAAGCUGUGUGAGAUGGCUGCUCGUGUUACAUCUGCAGUCAGAAAACAAAAGAAUGCUCAUUGUCUUCCUUUUUAUUCAGUCUUGAGACUCAGACCAGCCAUGUGAACAUCUUUACAGCAUGCAAAAAAGUUUAUUUCCUGUGUUAUUCUGAAUCCUGUAAGAUGAACCAUUAUAGACAUCUGUAGCAUAAUGAAACCCAUUAUUCUGAAUGCCAACUGUAAAUAACAAAUAAGUCUUAGCAGAAUGUUUGGGAAGAAUCUUACCUUUGUUGGAAAUGUCAAACCCUAACAAUAAUGGAAAACCAGGUAGGCUAGUACCUACCUUUGCAAAGCUGGGUAGGAGCUGGGGGCUAAAAGUUGGAUGUUCUUCUGUAAUUUGUUCAGAACAGUGAUGACAUUUUUAAGAAGAGCCAGAGUUUUUGAGACUGAUUAAAGUGGUAGAGCUUCUCUUUAGAAAAGCUUACCAGUGAGAAACAUUACCAUUGUAACAGGAAAAUAUACCUGUGCCAAGUCUCCAAAGGAAUUUGUCAGCUCUCAGAAAAUAAUCCAAAAGACAAGAAAGUCUUUUGUUGUAAAAGUUGGAGGAACUACUUAAAUCUGCCCCUGAAUUUCAGAUGAGGGUGGUAGGAGUCCUGAAUCUACUCACUUAGAGCUUUGUCUUACAAAGGGGCUUUAGGGCACAUUGAAUUGAAGGGACAGCUACUUACAUGAAGCUGACAGGGAUUAGAGAAGGCAAUUGUGUUUCCAUAGCAUUAACUUCUUAACAAGCCAUCUUUUAAAAGUUGUAGUGGCGAUACCAGUAAUAGUGGUUGUCAUAAGAGUCAGACAAACCAGCUUGUAUCUACCAAUUAGUAGCUUUAUUUUAUUGUAAGUUGUGGAAAUCAAAAGAAACAGGCCUGGAUUAAAAAAUACAUCUGCUAUAUUAGGACAAAUCAUUAACUACUCUGAACUGUUUGUUUAUUUGAGGAGGGGAAAUCAAACCAUAUUGCAGUUCGUGUGACAGUGACACUGUAUGAAAUGUAUAGUGUGUGUUCAGUGGGUGACUAAUGACAGCAGUGGUAGAAUAUGCUCUUUAGAGACAAAUGUUCAUAUACAACUAUAACCUCUGUGUCACAAAG